CCCACUCUUCAGUUGAAUGAAGCAAAGGCGUUCCACCUUUCGCCGGACUCACCUCUCCGGCGUCCCACAAACAUGCCGAUGAGACACCUCAACGCAAUGGCUGCUCUACUAAUGAUGUUCUUCACUCUCCUCAUCCUCUCCUUCACCGGCAUUCUCGAAUUCCCCUCAGCCUCCACUUCCCUUCCCAAUCCCAAACUAUCCGCUUCCUCUUCCUCCUCCGACGACGACGCCGUUUCAUCGGAUCCGUUUGGAGACGUAUUGGUGGCAUUUAGAAAAUGGGACUCGGAAGUGGGGUGUGUUCGGUUCAGGGCGAAUCACAAGGGUUUGAUCAAAGGGAAUGUUAGUUCGGGUUCUUUACAAGGAUCCGGCGGGUCGGCGGGUUGUGGGGAGAUGAAGAUGGAUCAUGUUAGGGUUUUGGUGAAAGGGUGGACUUGGGUUCCUGAUAAUUUGGAGAAUUUGUAUUCUUGUCGGUGUGGGAUGACUUGUUUGUGGACUAAAUCACUUGUUCUGUCUGAUUCGCCUGAUGCGUUGUUGUUCGAAACCACAACUCCUCCUUUACAGAGACGUGUUGGAGAUCCACUCCGGGUGUACAUGGAGCUAGAAGCAGGAAGAAAACGUUCAGGGCGUGAAGAUAUAUUCAUCAGCUACCAUGCCAAAGACGAUGUCCAAACAACUUACGCCGGUGCUCUCUUUCAUAACAACAGAAACUAUCACAUCUCUCCACAUAAAAACAAUGAUGUUCUAGUGUAUUGGUCUUCCUCAAGAUGCCUCUCUCACAGAGACCGUCUCGCCAAAACCCUCCUCGAUCUGAUUCCUCACCACUCCUUUGGCAAAUGUCUCAACAACGUCGGUGGCUUGAACUCAGCCCUCUCCAUGUAUCCAGAAUGUGUCUCAGAUUCCAACGCCGAGCCGAAAUGGUAUGACCAUCUUCACUGCGCUAUGUCACACUACAAAUUCGUCCUUGCAAUCGAAAACACAGCCACUGAGUCAUACGUGACCGAGAAGCUUUUCUAUGCGCUGGACUCUGGCUCUGUUCCUAUCUAUUUCGGAGCUCCUAACGUUCAAGACUUUGUCCCUCCGCAUUCUGUUAUAGACGGUAGCAAGUUCGGUUCAAUGAAGGAACUGGCAGCUUACGUGAAGCGGCUUGGUGAUGAUCCUGUGGCUUACUCGGAGUAUCACGCGUGGAGGCGGUGUGGAGUAAUAGGGAACUAUGGUAGAGCUCGCGCGGUGAGUCUAGAUACAUUGCCGUGUCGGUUGUGUGAAGAGAUUAGCAGAAGAGGUGGGAAGAACGCCGGAGUUUGACGUGCCUCCGGUGGAUUAUUACAUCUAGAGUGGUUCUGUUAAUGUGGUUUCAUGAUAUGUUUCUGAUACCAUAUGUAAAGGUAUUUACAGACAACAAUGUAACUUCUAAACAUUAUUGCAAACUUAAAUGCUAAUAGUGUUCAUGUGAUGUGAAACAAACGGACAAAAGCAUCAACAAAGAGGAACCAUCUUUGGCGCCAAGGAGAAUCAAAGCAGACAAAGAAAAAGAAUCCUAAUAGAACCAUGGCAUAUGUGACUCCAAGGCUCCAACAAAAGGAAACAACGUCAAACUUGGUUUCACUGUCUACGUCUAGGCUUUCUUGAUCUAGUUCUUUUGUACUGUUUUUGUCACAGCUUCUGUCGGUUGGUAGUCCACAGAGAAAAGGGUUGCUGAAAUAGCUGUCUUCACCAAAUGUGUUGAACUGCUUUCCUCUAGGAACCAGGCCGGAUAAAUUGUUAUAUGACACGUUGAAAACAGCUAGAGAGUUGAGCUCUGUCAAUGGGAUUGGGACAGGACCAUGCAGGUUGUUGAAAGAAAGAUCAAGGCUUUCAAUGUCUUUCAAGUUGGAGAAACUUUCAGGAAUGGAACCCACUAAGGAAUUGUGAGACAGGUUUAGAGAACGUGCUCUCUCUAGAUGGCCAAGCUCUUCAGGGAUUGGACCGCUUAGUUCAUUGUUUG